AUGCAAGGAAAAUGCCCCAUUAGUAUAUUUACUGAUCAAAAUGCAGCAAUUGUUGCGGGAAUCAAAGAGAUUUUUCCAGAAGUAAGACAUAGGCUAUGUUUGUGGCACUUAAGUCAAAAUGCGAAUACAAGGUUUGGAUUACUAAAGGCUGAUAGAGACUUCAAAAAUGAGUUCCACAAAUGCUUAAGUGGUUGCAUAACAGAGAAAGAAUUUGAAGAGAAUUGGAAUAAAAUGGUCACAAAGCAUAACCUUCAAAAUGAUGAUUGGUUCAAUAGGUUGUACUCACUAAAGGAAAAGUGGUGUACAACACUUAGCAAGGAUUUUUUCUCUGCUGGAAUUUUAUCCUCACAAAGAAGUGAGAGUACAAACCAUGCAAUUGGAUUCAAUGCAAGUAAAACCACAAGCUUGACAGAAUUCUUUUCUAUAUUUCAAGCAACAGUGAGGAGAUGGAGAAAAGAUGAAGAAAUGGAUGACUUCAACUGUACAAAAGGAAUUCCUAAAUCUGACCUCUGUAUGAGUCCAUUAUUGAUUCAUGCUUCAAUGGUAUAUACACAUACACUAUUCAGAGACUUUGAGGAAGAAUUCAAGUAUGCCAUGGCAAGCAAUGUUGAACUUCUAGAUCCCAAAGAAAACAACAUUACUUAUAGAGUUUACAUCAAUGGCAUAUCAGGUUCAUAUCAUAAAGUUUGGUUAAACUUUUCAACUGGAGAUAUUCAUUGUGAAUGCAAGAACUUUGAAGAAUUGGGAUGGUUGUGCUUCCAUUGCAUAAGAGUUUUGCAUCUAUAUUCUUUCAAUAAAAUUCCAGAUCACUAUAUAUCUGCAAGGUUAACAAAGUUUGCAAAAAAAGAAGUUUGGGAGAGACAUGAUAAAAAGAAAAGAGAAAGAGGAGAACUCAACAACUACACACCAUGGAUUAGAAGGCAAUACAAUUUAGUUUUGAAGAGCCAUAAAAUAGCAAAAGCAAGAAAAUUUCUUGAAGAAAAUUUCAAAAAGACCAACAUUAUUGUUGACAAAAUAAUCAAGGAAGAUGAACAAAGAAGAGCAGCUGAAGAAGCAAAAGCAGUUGAAAAGGCAAAAGCAGCAGCACAACAAGCAAAAGCAACAACAACUGAUGGAAGUCAUCAAGCAUUGUCAUCGUCAGGACUAACUAUAUUGGAUCCCGAUAGAGCAACUACCAAAGGGAAAGAUAACAAGAGAAUCAAGGGGAAUUAUGAUUUAUACAAAAAAGCCAACAAAAAGAGGGAAAAAAAGACAUAA